AUGAAAUCUCUCCUCGCCUUCGCUGUGCUGUUUGCUUGGGGCUCGUGCCCAGCUCAUGGGAGCCUCUGGGAGCUGCACCAGAUGGUCACGGCGGUGACGGGGAAGAACGCCUUGAUGUAUUCCUCCUCCUACGGCUGCUACUGCGGCUGGGGGGGCAAAGGGCAGCCCAAGGACGCUACGGACAGAUGCUGCCAACUGCACGAUACCUGCUACGAGAACCUCCUGAGCUACCACUGCCAUGCCAAGAUGAAGAGGUACCACUACGGCUGGCACAGCGGCAGGCCCUGGUGCAGAGAGGACUCCUGGUGCCCCCAGCUCUCCUGCGAGUGCGACCGCAGCCUGGCGCUCUGCCUGAAGCGAAGUAUCUGGAGCUACAGCAAACGCUACCGGUUCUACCUCAAGCACUGGUGCUGA